AAAACACCUCCUAGCAGGCGGGGUUGCCCAAGCGGUUCAAGAUGGCGACCCGAGUACUGUGGAGUGCGGGGAGCGUCCUUAAUCAAGGGGCUGCACGCCGCCUUGUCGUUUGUGGGCCAGCGGUUGCAAGCGCCAGGCUUGCUAGAGGAUUAUCUGCAUCAUCUAACAGAGGUGGAGAGGAGAGCUGGUUUAAAUCCUUGUUUGUCAGAAAGGUAGAUCCAAGAAAGGAUGCCCAUUCUAACCUGUUGGCUAAGAAGGAAAUAAGUAACCUGUACAAGCUUCAGUUUCACAAUGUAAAGCCAGAGUGCCUGGAUGCCUACAACAAACUUUGUGAGGGCAUUCUUCCAGCCAUUCAUGCAGACAAUGACUACCCAUGUGAAUUGGUGGGCACCUGGAACACCUGGUAUGGAGACCAAGAUCAGGCUGUGCAUUUAUGGAAAUAUGUGGGUGGAUAUCCAGCUCUUACAGAAGUCAUGAAUAAACUUCGGAAAAACCAGGAAUUCACAGAAUUUCGAAAGGAGCGGGGUAAAAUGUUACUUUCUCGCAAGAAUCAGCUACUGCUAGAAUUCAGUUUCUGGAAUGAGCCCAACUCCCGGAAGGGACCAAACAUCUAUGAACUGAGGACUUACCAGCUGAGGCCUGGCACAAUGAUUGAGUGGGGAAAUUAUUGGGCACGAGCUAUACGGUACCGGCAAGAAAACAAUGAAGCUGUGGGAGGAUUCUUCUCACAGAUUGGAGAUUUGUACAUGGUACACCACCUCUGGGCUUACAAAGACUUGCAGUCACGAGAAGAUACUAGGAAUGCAGCAUGGCAGAAGGAUGGCUGGGAUGAAUGCGUUUAUUAUACAGUUCCCCUCAUUCAGCACAUGGAGUCAAGGAUUAUGAUCCCACUAAAGAUUUCACCAUUGCAGUAGGAAUAUUAAACUGCAUAUCUGGAAGUAUUUUAAGCUAGCCUGUUUUAUCUGUCUGAAAAUUGUUCGGUUUGGUGAAGCAAACCUACCCAUAUCCUCCACCCUAUCAUACUGUUUUUUUAUUUAUGGGUGUGAAGGAAAAUAGAAUGAACAGUCAACACAUCAGUUAAAACCCUUAAUAUAUUGGAGACUUUUCAGGGGAGGUUAUUGAAUGGUUCAGUUUGUUGAACAGUGAAUGGGGAUUGGUUACAAGUUUGGCAUUUAAAAAAAAAAAAAAUGGCCAAACAUGAUGGUGGAUCUGUUAGGCUACAGUGAGCAAUGGUUUUGCAUCUGUCUGUCAUUUAGGACAUAUUCAAUAAGUUUUUUUCUUCUUCUAUAUACUUGCCAGUUGUUAUUCUGUAAGUAACAUUACAUGUGUCAGUUAUCAACUUUUUAGUAUUGUUCAGCUUUAAGAAAAGUAAUCGGCUAUUCAAGUCCCAGCACUGUUGGAUUAAAAUUGGAAUGAGUUAAUGGAUUUAAGUGGAAAAUAAAUAAUGUUGUUUAACUUA